GCUCGGGGAUUGGCCCGGCUCUCGUCCGGGCCGAGCCUGGCGGACGCCGUCUUCGACGCUGAGUCGGCGAAGCUUUUGGAGCCGGUGGCGCCGGACGAUAUCCAGCCGCGGCUCUCAUUGCAGCAGAUUGCUUCCCUGGGCCCGAAGCAGAUCUCCGUGCUGAUGGCCCACGAGAAUGAGAUGCUUGCAGCAGGAGUGGGCCGACUCUCCAGUGGCAAAGCUUUUGCCGACUACAUCUUCGGCAUGGACACCGGUGAGCUCCCCAGCGAACUUCCGAGCGAGGCUUAUCUUGAGCAUUUCGUGCAGGAUCAUGGCUUAUCCCGGUUUGCCGUCAAUGCGACGAUGUCCAUGAUCGGCCGUGCAGUGUCCCAGCUUUCAUCCGGAAAACCGCUUGCUGACGCCGUCUUUGGCUGCGAUGUCAGCCACCUCUCGAUCCCUAACAAAGUGGUCAUGGCCGGGACGCAAUCAUCUGUGGCGAGGUGA